UCGCCGUCAACGUCAGUCAUCUUUGACACUCUUAUAUGCCACUCGUCAUAUUUCCCUUGUUCAUUCCUCUGCUGUGAUAGCUGCUCAUUUUUGUCCAUUAGUGUCAUCUUUCUCGCAUCUUAGAUCACUAUCUCCUGUUUUGUUGCAUAUCAAAGACCAUGACCACGGAUGGAGUGCUUCGCAAAGAUCAAUUGGAACGAAGUCUCCACGAUGAGAAGAAAUUGAUCGAACAAGGCAUCCUCAGGGAAGACAAUCCACUUGAUUUUAGCGAAGAUUUCCAGAAAUUAUGUGACGCCUGUCGUCAAGGCGACCUCAAGGUCUGCCAGCAAAUGAUUCAGGCAGGUGCCAAUAUAAAUGCAAAGGAUCAGUAUGAUUAUACCCCUUUGAUCUUGGCCUCCCUCUGUGGUCACUACGAAACUGUGCAAUUGUUACUCGAGUCAGGAGCUCUGUGUGAACGAGACACUUUCCAGGGUGAAAGAUGCCUCUACAACGCUCUCAAUGACCGAAUCCGCAAUCUUCUCCUUUCAUACGAUUACUCAAAGUCCACCGACCCGUUGCAGCCACUAGCAUCACAUCUAAUAUCACUCAUCUCCCGCCAGCAUCCCAAAACCUAUGACCUUGAAGUCAUCACCCCGACUGAUGUAUUCCGCCUGCACAAGUAUAUCCUUUCGGCACGUUCUCCGUAUUUUCAGAAGAAACUCAUCGAUGCUCCUGAUACAACCAUUUGGAAACUACCGGCCACGAUUCCUUCCCCUUCAUUUGCCAUUGCGCUGAAACAUCUCUAUCUCGGGGAUCUACCACGUGAUAUGGGAGGAGGACCUGGCACAGGUUUUACCGACUUGGAGAUUCUCGCGGGGGUUGAUCGAAUCAGCAAGCAUCUCGAGAUUUCAAAGCUGUCCGACUUGAUUUUGGAAAGCGGCGAUCGACGACUGGCUAGACAGAGGCGGCAGGAUGAAGUGGAGAUGGGACGAGACCAGCUCGAGACUUGGUUCCGAAACAAUGUCCUCCGGCACGCCAUUGAAACGGAUACAGCCAGAGCGAAUGAGGUCAGAUGGGAUCGUGACAAUGGGAUCUUUGCUGACAUUCUCCUUCGUGCUGACGAGGAUGAGGAUGAUGACGAGCAGGAUGACGAGAGUCAGUCUCUAGACCGUCGGCGAACCCACACGACGGCCACUUCUGCACUGGGAAUUCCGUUUUCCUCCUCCUCCAACACCUCCAAAACACCCUCUCGAGCCACCUCCCCCUCUCCCUCAGAGCUCCGCAAGCCGCGUCGCUCAAAACUCUUCCCCGUACACAAAGCGCAACUAAUCCGCUCCGAGUUCUUCCUCACCAUGUUCUCCUCGAACUUUCUUGAAGCACAAAAUACACCACACCUCCACAUUAUCCCAAUAGACUGUUCACCUCGCGUGCUGGAGGUUAUUUUGACAUUUUUAUAUACCGAGCGAGCAGAUUUUGGUCUCGACAUCGCAGUCGACGUUCUGUUUGCAGCAGACAUGUUAUUCCUGGAAAAGGUCAAGGCCAAAGCCGCCGUCGUCAUCAGCACCCUUGGAAACGGGACUGCAACCGGCAUGUCCAACAACGCCAACCCAAUGGCCAACCCCACACCUUCUCCUCAACCAGGAGAAGAAACAACAACAACAACAACAACAACAACAACAAUUACUACAGACUCAAGCUCACCAGAAGGCCCCUCCAACACUACUCUCACGACCAAGGAAGGAGUAGAAGGAGAAGGAAGCGAAGACCUGAUUGAUAUCUAUCUAAUCCUACGCGCCGCAUGGUUGACACGAGUCCAACGACUUGAAGAAUUUGCCGCGAGAUAUAUUGCAUACCGACUCGAGACAUACAUCGACGAACCGGAAUUUAUGGACCUUGUUGCCGAAUCAGCAAGUCGGAUUGAGAAAAGACAGGAAACCGACAGUAUUGAAUUGAUAGACGACAUUCGAUACUAUCUCAGUGAAAGAUUUCGUUUGAGAUUUGAGGAUGUGGGUAUGGAAGAGAUGGAGAUGGAUCAGCAGGGUCAGGAGGAAGCCCAGGCGCAUUUGAUCCAAACCGAGCUAGGUUUAGCAACAGCAGCAGCACCGAAUGGAUUUGACCUGAAAGAAGAUGAUGGUUUGGGCGCCAACAAGGAACUCACUACAGAAGAUGUGACCAAUCCUCUUAUACACCAGCAUUAUCCGACAGGGGCGGUACGAACCCUCGACGGCGAACUGGCAGGCGAUGAAUUCGAUGCAGAUGCCAUCAACUAUCAGCUAUUGCUUGGUAAGAUCGACACUCUGCUGGAGAAGUUGAAGCUUGAUGCUUGA